AAUGACUUCCGGAAAUUGAUUCAUAAUAAACGUCUGUCGCUGCCCAGUAGAAUUUGGCUGCUGUAAAUACAGUUAUUAUAUUUGCAUUUUUUCAUCACAUUGGAUUGUUGCGUUCCAAUAAAUGAUACAUAUAAAAACAAUAAUGGUACUUUUUUUAUAAACAACAACUUAACUUCCGGCAGCUAUGUAACUUACUGCUAACUUAACGAAACCACCAGAUGCGUGAUUUGUGACACUCCUCUCGCAGCAUGGAAAACCUUCCUUGACCAGGAUUUUGAGUCUGAGAAACUUCCUACAGUUAAACACGGGAUUAUGAACUCCUCCACCAACAGUUUGGAUGAUGUCUCUGCUGACAGCAGUGCAGAGUUCCCGGACAAAAUGUCCAUAAUGGAGGUGCGCCUGCAGGCGCAGGAAGACGAAAUCACGCUGCUGAAAUCCUCAUUAGCCGAUGCCCUACGCAGACUCCAACUCCACGAUCAGCUCCUGCCAGUACUGACGCAGCAACUCAUUUUAGUGAACCCAGCGUCCGCACGGGUGCUAAACCAAGUGUGCUGUUUUGAUGGUUGCACCAGCAGCAAGAAACUGUCCUCCAGUUCAGCUGUCGAUGGGAUCCACCAUUCUAUUAACCCCAGCCAACUGUCAGAAAGUAUUGUGACUACUCCCAAUGGCCACAUUGGAAGACUGACAUCCACAGAGCACAGAGCCACACUCACAUUGGAGAAGUCCACACAGACAGAUCCUGCGUAUCCAGGGCAGGAAGCUGGGCAGGUCAAGGUCCCUCUCCACAGAUGUGCCCAGAGCCUGAAUCUGGAGGAUGCACUUCCCCCAGGGCAACCGCUGGAAACCAGCCGAGCUAAGCUCCACCGUGUCCCUGGUAUGGAAGAGGAGGAUGAGGAGCAGGAGGAAGAUGAAGACUGCGGAGGAGAGCAGGAAAAGGAGCUAAGUUGGAUGUCAUCGGUGGAGGACACCAUCCAGCCCACGACCAUCAGAUGCCUGCAGAGAGAGGAGUCCCAGGAUGGGAGCUGCUCUCCAGAGGAGGUGGGGUCUGGUUACGCUUCUGCCAGAAGCUCAGACCAGAACCUAAGUUCCCGCUGUGGACCUUUGUCCCCCAUCCAGGAAGGACAGAAGACGCCUUUAGUUCGAAGAAACAGUGAGAAGUUUGGAAACUCAGAAAAAGAAAGGAAGCGUCUGAAUAAGAAGGCAGCAUCCUCAGCCAACCUCCUCACCCGCUCCCCCAGCCUGGAGAAUCGAGCCAAAGAUUUGAUCGCCAAUGCAGGAUCUCCUGGGUCUCGAAGAGGAACCUACAGCCAAGAACAGUCCAUCAAAAUGUUUAUCCGAGGUCGUCCGAUAACCAUGUACAUCCCUUCAAACAUCCAAAACUAUGAAGAUUUAAAGAUGGAAACGCCCUCGGAGAAACUGGAACUGGACUGGGUUUAUGGAUACAGAGGACGGGACUGUCGGGACAACCUUGUCUUCCUCCCUACGGGGGAGGCCAUGUACUUCAUCGCCUGUGUCAUCGUGCUUUACCACAUCAACAACAGAUCACAGCGGCAUUACAACAAGCACACAGACUGUGUCCGCUGUCUUGCGCUUCAUCCUGACAAAGUACGAGUGGCUUCUGGACAGACAGCAGGGGUCGACAAAGACGGCAAGCCGCUUAAAAACUGUGUUCAUAUCUGGGACUCCACCACCCUGGUCACUCUACAACAGAUUGGCCUGGGAACCUUCCAGAGAGGAGUGGGAUCGGUUGCAUUUUCUUUCUUUGACUCUGGGACGUUCCUGUGUGUGAUCGAUGAUUCCAACGAGCACAUGAUGUCAGUCUGGGACUGCAAUAAAGGCACCAAGCAUGCAGAGGUUAAGAGCACCAACGAGACUGUGUUCGCUGUGGGCUUUGAUCCAGAAAACAGCACCAAAAUCAUCACCUGUGGUAAAUCCCACGUCUACUUCUGGACGCUGAGCUCAGGACAGUUCACCAAGAAACAAGGCAUAUUUGGAAAAUACAAGAAACCCAAGUUCAUCCAGUGCUUUAUGUUCAGUUUAACUGGAGAAGUUCUGACUGGAGACUCUGAGGGAAACAUCAUCAGAUGGGGAAAGUCUCCCGCUGAUGUCAAGACUCUGGGCAAAGGAGCCAAAGAGACUUUCCAGAUAAUGCGUCAAACCAAAGCUCACGAAGGCAGUGUUUUCACCCUGUGCAAGCUCCAGGGUGGGGCGCUGCUGAGCGGAGGAGGCAAGGAUCGCAAGAUCAUCCGCUGGAGUGCUGACCUGGCACCAGAGAGAGAGUGUGAGAUCCCGGAAAAGUUCGGAGCCGUUCGCACCCUCGCCGAUGUGGACGGGGAAGAGCUGUUGGUCGGUACCACGCGUAACGCCAUCCUCAGAGGAACUUUCGCCGACGGAUUCAUGGCUAUAGUGGAGGGUCAUGUGAAUGAGAUGUGGGGGCUGGCCACUCACCCCUCCCAAAACAUCUUCCUCACAUGUGGCCACGACCGGCAGGUGUGUUUGUGGAACACAGAGGAACACAAGCUGGACUGGUGCAUCAGCCUGGAGGAGUAUGGGCAGUGUGCAGAUUUCUGUCCAAACGGUUCAGUCGUUUCAGUUGGCCUCAGCACAGGAAGGUGGAUGGUCCUGGACCUCCUGACCAGAGAGGUGGUCUCUGAAAGCAUCGACGGGAAUGAGCAGCUCUCUGUAAUGAGAUAUUCACCAGACGGCAGCUAUUUAGCGGUUGGAUCUCAUGACAACUUUAUCUACCUAUACAACGUGGCGGACAAUGGACGGCGCUACACGCGAUUUGGAAAAUGCAACGGUCACUCCAGCUUCAUCACUCACCUGGACUGGUCCAAAGAUGGGAAGUAUAUUAUGUCCAACUCUGGUGAUUACGAGAUCCUUUACUGGGACAUUGCCGGAGGCUGCAAACUGCUGAGAAACCGUUUCGAGAGCAAGGACAGAGAGUGGGCUUCUUACACCUGUGUCCUGGGCUUCCAUGUUAUCGGUGUGUGGCUGGAGGGAUCUGACGGCACUGACAUCAAUGCCCUGUGUCGCUCUCACAGCGAGAGGGUGGUUGCAGUGGCAGACGACUUCUGUAAAGUCCACCUCUUCCAGUAUCCUUGUCCUAAACCAAAGGCCCCCAGCCACAAGUAUGAAGGCCAUGGCAGUCACGUCACCAAUGUCUGCUUCACCCACAGCGACUCCCACCUGCUAUCAAUAGGCGGCAAGGACAUGUGCAUCCUGCAGUGGAAGGUAAUGGGAGGCGGAACAGUGGACAGUAAAGAAAGACUGACCUCAACAUCGUCCACGUCCAGCAGCUCUCCGGAACCCACCACCUAAGAAGAAUAAGAGAGUGGCAGAGCAGGAACUGUUUGAAUUUUCAGACAUUUUACUCCGUUGACGGCUAUCACAGCCUGCGCCUCAGUGCUAACUGGUGCUUUCUAGCGGAGGAACCGUCUCCAUCAGGGAUGGUUUGAUACAACUUUUUCGUGCCUGAUACCGAUACCGGUAUCAAUCCGAUACCUUCUUUUUCGCGGGCUGCUGUGGCUGAGGCAGUAGUGUCCCGGUUUACAGCAUGUCACAAAUGCAUCAGUUAAGCAUUGAGCAUUUGGGCUUAGGUAAGGGAUCGGAUGGGCUAUAGUUGUUUUUUUUUUUUUCUGUGUUCGAUCCUGAAUUUUUAACCAAUAUCGGACCGAUCCUGAGCGUUGGAUCGAGCCAUCUCUGUGUGAAACUAAAGGGUGUGAUGCUUUCUACGGCACAGAAAAGCUGUGAUUUCUGGUGAAAUGGUGAACAUCAGUUUGCAGGUGCAGAACUUGACGAAACCUCUGAACCUUCCUGCAUUUACCGUUGCAUUGUUGCAAAAUACCAUAGCACGUUCAAAGCAGUAGGAGACACAAUUCACAGGAAAUAGAAUUCAUUGUUUUCAAUUUCUAAAUUGCAGAUUACUACAACCUCAAUCUUUAGCGACUAACUUUUUUUUUCUCUCUCACUCCACAGUUGUGUCUUAAUAUACAUACAUAUUUGUUCUGCCUACAGCCUACGUCAUGUGUUGGCCACACUGUGUUCCAAUUCCUAACAAUGUAAAAUGAAUGUGGAGCAGUAAUUGGAUGGAUUUUGUUUGUCUCUAUAGGCUGCGGGUAUUUGGUGAUGCCGAAGGAGUGAGACGUGUCCAUUGAUAGAUUUGGAUUUGUGUGCAUUGCUCCACCUACUUGUCCAAAGUCGCACUGCAGGCAUAGACUGUAAACUGCAAAGCAGUAACCCACAACCUCCUGCACCACAGACAGGUUCUACGCAAGGCUUUUGUCCACAGACCAGCGAUAGGGGAGGUUACAUGCAUAACAAAGCACAACAAAGUGCACAAUAUAUAAUUUGAUUAUUACAUAUAUAAUGUUAAUAUAAUUAUUUUAUUGUAUGCAUAGCAUUUAUUUGAAUACAAUACAACUCACCAUAGUGCAGAAUCAGUGGGAUUGUUUCCCUGCAAAUACUUUUCUUUCAAAAAAAAAAAACUCCACAAGCUUGUCUUUUAAUGCAUGAUUCACCUUUCUAUAGCAGUAUUUCUCAACCUUUUUUCAGCCGUGGCACAUAUUUUACAGAAAAAUCCCACGUUGCACCACCAAACAAAAUGUCCUAAAAGUAUUUGUAAUUAAAUAUAAGGGUAUUCUAGUUUCAAUCUUCUUACUCAAUGUGAAACCUGGGCCUGUUUAGUUAAACGCAACUUUGAUUUACUCACAUGAAUUUAACAAAAAGCGCACAAAAAUCUACAACAGCCAAACGGCUCUUUCUUUACUCCUCUACUCGUUUUUAUAGCCAUCUUCUGCCACCAAGUGGAGGAGUAUUUGAUUGCUCUGCAGGUCUGUUUCACAUAGAUGAAUGAAGACAAAUUAUUUACAGUAAAUAAAUCAUAGUAUUCAGAUGAAUUGAGCGAAUUUGGAUCAUUUCACACGUUACACCUAACGAUCUCUCACACUAUUGUGCCAUGGCACAGUGUUUGGGAAUUACUGCUCAUCCUAAGAGGGAGGCAGAUAUUCUAAAAUAAAGUAGGAUUUAAAAAAAAAACCAAACAUAAUCAAACAGUUAUUGAACAUGUAUUACAGUAAGUACAGUGGAGUAUUAUGCUCAUGUUAGAUAAUUUCUCUUAUAUUAUUCUGACAUAUCUAUAUCAGUCUGAAAAAAAAUAUCUGCUUUCUGCGUCGUUAAAGACAUCUGUAUAAUGUUUUUCCUUUUUUUCUAUUAAUGGUUUUAAUUAUUUCUUUGUGUUUCUUCGGCCUGUCUUAAGAAAAUGUGUUCAUGCUUUACCAUAGACUGUGAAAAACACCGUCUCUGACUAAUCAGUUGAUUUUGCAGUUUUUACAAUUAUUAUUUAAAAAAGAACACUGACAAUACUGUGAGGCUGUAUCUGUCAAGCAUCAGAGCAAAUACCAAAGACUGGAACCUGUAGUUUUGGCGAAGUGUCACCAGUGGGCAGUGCUGCUCUAGGAGUGAAAGCUUGUGCUGUCUGUUGCGCGUGCGUUUGUGUGUCAGAUUUGGUUAAUGCUGGGGGGGAAAAAAAAGAAAGAUAUUAACAAUAAUUCCGUGAUGGUUGUGAUUACACUCUUGGUGGUUAUGACAAAGGUUAGAGAUAAUAAUAGAAAUGUGCAUUGAUAUUUGUGUGCGUAUGUGUGUGUGUGUGGCUAGUGGCCCAGCCCCUGUUGAAGAGUUACAUUUCAAAUGUGCCUUGUGUAAAAUUCAGCUCAACCUAUUUUAUAUUCCAUUUCUACUGGCAGAUAUUUACAAUAAAAUACAUUUACUGA